AGUGAUACAUGAAUGAACAGUGUCUAUGGUGUACUUGUAAACAUUGAACAGGUUAAAACAGGACGUUACUUGAGGUUGAAGGUUGACUGUAGGAGUGAAGGAGGACGAGGUUGAGGAGGCCUUGGUGGGGUAAUCAUGGCCGAGGCUGCAGGGAAGGAGGAGGCUGCUGCUGCUGCUGGAACACUGAAAGAAAAAUCUGAUGAUAGUGAAGCUGACACAGGAACACCUCAACAGCAGCAACAGCAGAAAGGGGAGGAGAAUGAAGAAGAGGAACUUGAAUGUGCAGUUUGUCUACAGAAGUGUGUCCACCCAGUACGACUCCCAUGCUCACAUAUAUUCUGCUUCCUGUGUGUUAAAGGUGUAGCGAACCAAAGCAAGAGGUGCGCCAUGUGUCGGCAAGAGAUACCAGCGGACUUCUUAGACCACCCGACUCUACUGUCAAAUAUAGAGGCUGAGAAGGAGGAGGUUCUGCCAGGAGGCUAUCAGUGGUUCUAUGAAGGACGUAAUGGAUGGUGGCGGUAUGACGAACGAACAAAUACUGACCUUGAGGAAGCUUACACACAGGGAGAGUCGUCCGUCACGCUGCUCAUAGCUGGCUACAAUUAUGAUAUUGACCUUGCCAACAUGAGACAGGCCCGUUCAGGGUGUCCGGGGCUACGCAGACGUAUCAAGCGCGAUACAGUUUCCUCAGCAGCCAAGGGCACUGCUGGUCUAUCAGUCAAGAUACUCAGGGACAAGGGCUCAGGACCUCGUAGGUCGGGACGCAAGAGGAAACUGUCCAAAAGAAAUUAGGAUUAAACCUAUUUACCUGAUGAUUCUCAUUUAAAAAUACAAAUAUAUUUUCAAAUUACUUACACAAAAAAAAAAACACAUGAAGCAGAUAUGUCAGUAAUAGAGUCAUGUGAGAUUAAAGUGCUCACUAUAAGAGGAAGUACAGUCUAAGAGAAGGAAGAUAUACAUUAAUUACCCUAAACAUUACCACAAGGUUCUGACGGUUAGCCAGAGUAAGAGAGAUCAUAUAUAUGGUCUCUUGUGGGUGAAAUUAAGGUGUAAUAUUGACUUCAGUAGGAGAAAGGUUAUAUUAAUUUUGCAUGUGACUUACCUGAUGACAUGUAAGAUACACAAACACCAAUGUAUGGCCUUUGUGUGUUAUUCAUUGCUCAAGGAAACUGUUACUGUACACUUUAGAUGAUUCUUAAAUGCCAGAGACUGUUGAUAAAAACUUUGAGGUUGUGUGGGCUUCUUGGGUAGUCAGAACUAAUUAAAAUUAUCUUUAUGCAUUUUUUUCUGAACUUGGGAAUGGAAAACCUCUUCUUUUCUUGAAUUCUGUCAUUUUUCAAGAGUACGUUACACCACUGGAAACUACUGCACAGGAUCUUUUAGGUGACAGUACCCUUUAUUCUUACUUCUUGCUGAGUAAUUAUACAGUCAUCCACAAAAGUCCUGUUGCCUCUCUUCCUGAACCACGAACCCCAGAGAUUCAGACAAGUGAAUUCGAAGCAUUUAUGGGGGGAAUAAGUCAUUAAUGUCUACUGCUUCAGGUUCAUGAGUCUGAAUUUUAGGGUUCGUGGUUCAGGAGGAGAGGCGAUGGGACUUUAGUGAGUAACUGUACUGUGCCUUAUUAUUAUUAUUAUUAUUAUUAUUAUUAUUAUUAUUAUUAUUAUUAUUAUUACUAUUAUAAAUUAUUAUUAUUAUUAUUAUUAUUAUUUUAUUGAAUGAUGCCACAUUAUAGAUGGAGUAUUGUAAAAGGUAGAAGUUAAAAUUGAAAGAUGUUUUAAGGGACUAUUGAGACUUGUUGGUAUUAAUGUGAUAUUUUUAUUCUAUGCCUUUUCCACCAGUCAUUGUUAGGUGUGAGAUGCUUCAGUUAUCACACACUCACACACACAUUGUUCCUUGAUUUUUGUAUGAUUUUAGACAUUUUAUUUUAAUGGUAUUUUAGUGUUAGUUUUAAGUAUUUUAUGUAAAUGAUAAAAUAAUGCAUGGGUGCACUUUUAACAUAGACAAUCUUUUAAGACUGAAUACUUAUGUGUUAUUUGAUAUUUUGUGCACAUGGUAUUUAUUUUUUUUUUAAGUUACAGUUGUGUUUUUAUUUAAUUGCCUUAAAAAACAUUGAAGGUAGAAGAAAUCUGAUCUUAUCAUCGCAAAGACUAUAAACGUUCUUCGCAAUGAUUGGUUUAUUUCUGAUGGUAUAUUUAGGUACUUGUUUACCCGACACCUGCGGUACAUCGGUAAAUAUGGAAGUACAGUAUUAUUUGACCAUGAAAGAGGUUGGGAGAUGUCUUGGCUCUGUUUGACUUUUCUAUCCUGAGCUAAAGUUACGGUUAUCCUUGACAAUUCUUGGUUGGUGGCUGCUAAGUGAACACUGCUGAAUAAUAGCCUUUUAUUUAUGUUUAAUACCCCUGUAUACCCAAAGAUAAACUAAAGGCAGCUAUUUUAUCAGAGAUGGCAUGAUUCACCUCACAACAACCAGCAUGUCGACUUUUUCAACCCCUUAAUGACAAUGACUCGACUCUUUGGGGGUACUACAGUAUAUUGAAUAGGCUCCCUUAGAUAUCUUCACCCUUUGAGUACGUACAUACAGCAAAUUAGCCCAUUAAACAAAAUAUUUUAACCCUUUUAAUACAGUGAUUUUAAACUAUUCUAUGACCCAUUUCUACUUGUUGUUUAUUACCCAAUUUUGUUUUAUUGUUUGUUCUUUUGUGUGAGUUGUUUAAUUUUAUUUCCUGGAUAUUCAAGUUUAGUCGGCCUUUAUGUAUGGUAUUCGACACUUGGUAUGUUCAUGUUUUCGGGCCAAUCUACGGUAGUUUUAAUUAUCUCACUGUAUAUGGCAGAUGUAAAGCCCCUUUACCUGGGAACCUGAUUGGACUUUACCCAAUUUAAUGGACACUAAUCUGAUCCCAACCUAAUGGACCCUAAUCUGCCCCCAACCUAACGGAAGUAAUCUGCCCCCAACCUAACUUAACCUACUCUGGCCCGACCUAACUUAACCUGUUCUACCCCAUUCCUAAUCAAAAGUAUUCUAAUUUAACCCAUUCCAGUAUACAUAUUAAGUAUACUCACAUUCAAUCCCUGCCUGGGUCAGACAUGAGAAGGGUGUUGUCUAGUGUGACUCAACCAAACGUCACAGGUUUCCUCAGGGUAAUCCAAUUUUUUCUUACAUAUAACACUGAACCCAAGUGGACCUGUAGGGAGACUGGUUGGUUAUAGAUGAUAAGAGUUAUUCAGUAUCGUACAGUUUAUAUGAGGCAUUGUGAAUCAUAAGCUCCGCCUGCCACAAGCCAAUAUGGCGGACAGCAGGUUAUAUGAUUCCGAAUGCCUCAGAUAUAUUGCUCAUCCAAUCAAAAUGUACUUUAUAUAACAGGGAAGUUUUAUCCACGACACUAUUUUUUACAAUAUGUUUAGCAUCUUCCUACUCUGAGGUGGAAAAGGCAUACUGUAAGUUACAAUUACCUGUUGUUAUGGAACUUAUGGUAUAGUCUAGUAGAAGUUUAGUUUGGGAAAGGUCUGCUCACAAAAUUAGUAUUAUUUCAAAAAUAGAGUAUUUUUUUUUUAGGUGCCUCCUUUUAUCUAUUACGUUUGUAUUUUAAAAGGUUGAAUUACUUUAUACACUGUUAAUAGUAAUAUAAAUGUUAAAAUGAAACAGA